GUCACGGAUCCUCUCUCGCCUACGUCUCGUCUUUAAUUGCGCCCUGCUUCACUUUCCCCUCUCCGCUUCUUAUUAUGAUUUUUUCCCUGUCUGAACGUCGCUGUCUUCUUUACAGCUGACCCUUGUCGUUGUUCACUUCCUCAUCUUCAGGAAGUCGCCCUCCCUUCCUCCGCCUAGUAUCCGGGGACGCGCUCCUUUACCCCCGAAUGCCUACGCUAGAACUAUAUACCACGUUCUGUUUAUGAUAGAUUGAUCACGCCCGUCAUGCACGACUUCACUUCCCCUCCGAGCAUGUUUCACCAACUAUUCCUCGCCUGCAGUGCGCUGCUGCUGCUACUGCUUCACGCAACCCCCACAGCCGCCGACAACUUCCCCUAUGCCGCCUUCCGCACAGGCCCGUUUCUCCCCCCUCAACUCAAGGUCACCAAGUCGGGCCAGACAGACCCGGGAUACAUCUUCAUUGGGCCGCGGGGCAACCAGGAGCUGGGCACGGCGGCGCUGAUCUACGACGAGGCGGGCCAGCUGGUGUACGAGGGCCCGCAGGAGGUGACGGCCAACUUCCGGGUGCAGCGGCUGUUCAACGAGGACGUCAUCACCUUCUGGGCGGGCAACAUGACAGACCUGGGCUUCGGGUACGGCACGGUGCACAUCCUCGACAACACCUACCGAGAGAUCUACACGGUGACCCUGGGGGGUGCGUUCGUGUCGCCCUACGGCGAACCGCUCGACUCGUACAUCGAUCUCCACGAGAGCCAUAUCACCGAUCGCAAUACCCUGCUGGUGACCGCCUACAACGUCACGCAGCACGACCUGUCGGCCAUCGGCGGCGGUCCCGACGACUACAUGCUCGACGGCAUGUUCUUCGAGAUCGACAUCGCCACCAAUGAGAUUGUCUAUUCGUGGAGUGCGCUGGACCACCUAACGGAAAUCCCCUUGGAGACCUCCAAGCAAGGGCUGGGGGCUGAGUACGGAACGCAGGAAAAGCCGUGGGAUGCGUAUCAUAUCAACUCCGUUGAGCUCAUGGAUGAUGGGUACAUCAUCUCGUUGCGUCACUACUGGUCUGGGUUCUAUAUUCACAACAAUGGCUCGGUGAUGUGGCGACUCAGUGGUGAGAAGAACACCGGCAAUUUCGAGAUCGACGACAAUGCGGUCUUUUCGUGGCAACAUGACAUUCGCGUCUAUAACCAGACGCAGGAGGGCAUGGUCCUGAGUCUGUUCAACAACGCCAACACGCCGACGGAGACGGUGGCGGCGACGACCGGCCUGAACUUCUACGUCGAUCUGGUCAACCACAAGGUGUCGACCCUGCGCACACUGUCCGACUCCAAAGAUGUGGUCCACAGCGUCAGCCAGGGCAGUUACCAGCUGCUCAGCCCGGAGACGGGGCAUGUGGUGUUGGGGUAUGGAUCGAUCGCGCGGAUCAAGGAGUACGAUGCGCAUGGCCGCGAGGUCAUGACGGCGCAGUUUGGCGAGGACAACGCGGUGGCUUCGUACCGCGGGUUCAAGUGCCAGUGGAAGGCGACGCCGUUCUGGCCGCCGGCGCUGGUGGCGAUCCGCACGACGGACGAUACGGCGAUGGUGCAUAUGAGCUGGAACGGGGCCACAGAGUAUGACAACUGGGCGAUCUACUCGGUGGCAACGGACGGGGAGGAGACGUUCGUGAAGAGUGUCCAGCGGGAGGGCUUUGAGACGUCGGUACAACUGAAUGGGUUGAGGACCAGUUAUCUGCGUGUGGUGGCGCGACAGGGUAACAUUCCUCUGGGGAUGUCUGCCGUGACGUAUGUAUAGUUAGCGGUGGCACUUGCCGUGUAGCACCUGGAGUGCAGAUGCAUGGGUUUCUUGUAUAUACUUAACCGUACACCUUGUACAGAUCACGGCUUUGACUGG